AUGGAGAAGGUUGCUCGCCGGGUCGAUGCACCUUUGCUACCUGAGCGGGGCUUGACAACAUCCUCGGCGGUAGACGCGGAUCUCCGAGACCGCAUUCGGUCUUUACUGAUCUCUCGCAACCGCCGAUACCCUCCGAAAACACCCUGCUCUACUCCGGACUACAGCUAUCAGACUCGAGAUCCUGACGGGAACCAUCUUGACCUCCCUCCUGUCCUUCCCCACACUUACAGAUUCAGUCCAGCUGAAGCCAUUGCUGAGCUCACUCGAUUGACGUACGAGCCUCCGGACAUGGGAGCUACCAGGUUCGAUGGACCUGCCGGUCAGGUCGAUGAUGACGAUGCUGAUAAAUCUCCGAGACGACCAAGUCAGCCAAAUAGGCAGAACGAUCGUAACUCAACAGUGGAGGGACCUCGCUCGCAUGCCACGUCAGGCCUGAAUCAACGAUCUCAUGCUGACGUUCUUGGCCGCGAUGCUUCGUUCGUUGAUGGACUAAAGCGGGCAACAUCAUCGGCAUCGAAGACAUCGAAGACAUCGACUGGAACCCGCAUACCACGAUUUCACCUACGCACCGUACCGCCUGCAGUCGACGUUAACAAGGCUCUGAGACCCGCUCCCUUACAUGUUCCGGGUAGCUACCGAUCUGAGGUCCCUAGCAGAAAGGAACAGGUCUCUAGGGCCACUUCUCCACCUCCAGACGACGAUUUAGAUACGACGGGCGAGGAUCCGCAGGCCAUGCCGACGUAUGCAGGACUCGGUGACGGGAGUCCGCACAAAGCCAUCGAUAUGUUGACUCAAGUGGCAGAGCAUGCCCACACCGUUGCUGAUCCAUCGAGAUCGAGUCUACACAGGACGCCGUCACAAGCAAAGCUCACACCGACUAGCCCCGUGAAGCAGCCUCAAGAUCUGCUCUUAAAUUUUCGUGCUGGUGGAGUCGCCGUCGGUCAAGCCGCUCAACCUGUCCUCACGUCUAGUGCGGGCCACGGCCACGGCCACUAUCAUGACAACCCCUCUGGAGCGCCCGUAUCCAUUGUUGGGGAUGAUAACGAAGAGAGAAAAGUUGGAGCUUCAGUGGCUUUGAACGCGCGCGACAAUCUUGGCUUCUCUACCCAUCCGGAAGAGGGGAGCGAUCCCCUAGGUGGUCCAAAGAUCUCGGCUUUGCUAGCUCAAUUACCACCACUGAGGCAAAGCACAAUGAAAGACGUCAGUGCCAGUUCCUUGACCACGGAGCCAUUUGUAGUACCUGAGAAGGCAUCUACGAACACCUACUCGCCCUCGGUGUCUAGUCUGGAAUCGGUCCCUCUCAACGCAGAUGAAGGCGUUCUUAGCCAAGACUCUCCUCUUCUGCCGAAGCCUUCUCAAGCCAAUUCUUCUGCCAAGGGAGAGCGAGGAAAAAGGACCGACCUAGAAGUCGAAGAAGAGGCUUCGGCUACGCAAUACAAAAACUCCUCUCAGAAAUCCCCGAAGGCUUCAACAGCCAGUAGGGCCAUGUCAAUGCUCUCUGAGAUUAGUGCCCGGACCGGACUUCAAACACCUUCUUUACGCUCAAUCACGAGGCGUAAAAAGAGUGGCUCUACAGCGAUUUCGAACUUGACAACUAGGCCGCGUCGCCAUUUUGCAGCUACUACCCAAGAUAAGGCCACGCUAUCGGCUGGCAAGGGGUACAAAGCACUGGGCGACGAGACCCAGGUCGAGAAACCGGAAAACUCAGACAGCAUAGAUCGGUUUCUGGCCUUACGGAACCAGCAGAAAAACGGUACGGCUUUUACGAAAGUCAUUCAUGACCUCGAGUCUCUACUCAACCAAGCUUUGACCAUUGCCGGCCAAGCUGCCGACCAGGACGAUGCUGAGACUACGCCACUAAAGGCUCGUCACCUCAACCAUGUCCAUAUUCGCGCACACUCAACCGAGUCGAUCGACAGCAGCCAAGGCUUGUCGUCCCUAUCUGGAGGUGGCGAUGAAGAAGAUCAUUACACGUCGGUACCGCCUCAGCAAGUGACUAUCGAGGAGCCCAAGAGCGAUGCUCUUUACCGUGGCCACUUCAGAAAAGCUCGGGAUGGGACACCAUAUCCUGCGCAAACAAGGCAGGCCUCCGCAGUGCCGUACCUUGAGGUUGAUGAUAAGACACAUAUGAAGCCGCAAAAUACAAAUCGGCUCCUUGACUUACCAAGCGCUCCAAAGGCGGCUGGCCGAGCUGAAGAACCAUCGUGGGAACAGUCUGUCACUGCAAACGACUGGGCGGUAAUUAGAGCACCAUCUCACACUUCUAAGCUACGUCUGGAGACGAAGCCACCGCCACGUGCUCCUCAGACGCUACCCAAUGCGCAACCCUCUACGAAAGAGCAACACGCUUUGCUCCUGCGAGCUCACGGUGCAUCUGAGAGCACUAUUUCGAGGGAAGUUGUCCGAGACUACGUCAAUGCUCACCAGCAGCCACCAAUUCAGCCUCGCCUGAGCUCAAAACGUUUGAAAAAAGGCCGAGUCCCACAGCCAGAGGAGCUUAACUUACCAGACCCCGAAAUUUCUGAUAGUGAUGGACAAAGCGAUUGCGAACAUGUACCGUACAUGGCAGACUUCAAGACCGCUGGGAUUCACUACCAUCCGGUAGUCCAAGAGACAAUGGCUGGUGAUGGUCAUUAUACGGCAAGACCUGGCGGACGUGGAAUACAACCUCGCCAAGAUACUGCCGCAUCACUACGUGACGCCGACGACAAACAAAAGACUUCACAUCAUAGGGAGCGCUCCGGCAACAAGGAUUUCACUUUGAAUGACCGUCAUCAUUUCAGUAUCCGAGAGUCACAUGGCUUCAGUCUUAGCAGAUCUCACCGUCGCUCGCCAAUCGCUCGGGAUUGGAGCACCUCACGCAAGAGAUACGUUGCUACUGUGACUUGUAUUACGACGGCAUUCAUGGGAUUGAUUAUUGGAAUCUAUGCUGGUGAGGUGCCUGCUAUUCAGUACGCUAUUGCGGAUGAGCAUCAUUACACCAUUCUGGGAAACGUGCUUUUCUUCCUUGGCUUGGCCAUCACCACGGCGCUUUUCUACCCUUUACCUCUGCUUCAUGGGCGAAAGCCGUACACGCUGGCUGCACUAGCCAUACUCUUGCCGUUGCAAUUUCCACAAGCUCUUGCGAUCAGCUCGCAGAGAUCCCCGAAUGUGGCGACAUACCGAAUUGGGCUCCUACUUCCACGGAUUUUCGCAGGAAUCGUAAUGGGCUUUGCAAACAUUAACUUCAUUACGACCUUGUUAGACCUUUUCGGAGCUUCUUUGCAGAGCGGUAACCCUCACCAGGAGACGGUUAAUGUCAACGAUGUUCGGAGGCACGGAGGAGGGAUGGGUGUAUGGCUUGGUAUCUGGACAUGGUGUGCUAUCGGAUCGAUAGGGAUCGGGUUCCUCAUUGGUGCAGGUAUCAUAAGUGGCUUGGAUGUUUCUUGGGGCUUCUGGAUUACAAUCGUUGUAAACGCCGCUGUGCUCGUACUCAAUAUCCUCUCGCCAGAAGUCCGCAGAUCCGCCUACCGUAGAUCGAUGGCUGAGGUUCGCAGCGGAGGUGAAGUUUCCAGAAGAGUCGCUCGAGGGGAGAUCAAGAUGCACCUUGAAUCAACAGGACCAAUCUGGUGGUGGGAAGAGGUCAUCGCAGGGCACGUGCUCGCCGUUCGCAUGCUCUUGCAACCAGGCUUUGCGAUUCUUUCGCUCUACCUUGGAUGGAUAUAUGGUCAGGUGGUUUUGAUUAUCGUGCUUCUUGGGGCUCUGCUCUCCAAGUACUAUCGCUUUCAUCCCCAGUACGUUGGUCUGGGCGUGGCGAUCAUCCCUCUUGGAGCUCUCUUCGCCAUACCCUUCCAAAAAGCGUCGUUGUUCAGUCGAGCACGGCACCAUGCUCAACGGACUGAUAGCAUGACAUUUGAAAAGCGCGUCACCUGGACGUCUCACCUCGUCCGGAGGGCUAUCUUCAUGAUCUCAUUGCCGUUCGCGGGGUUGGCCUACACUUUGGCUUCCGGUGGUCAACCUACGAAUUACAUGGUGCCUAUCAUCUUCGCCGGCCUGAUCGGGUUUCUUUCCAACCUCGCCAUUGCUGAAUGUCAAGGCAUUAUUAUGGAGACCUAUGAUACUUCCGACUUGCAGCCAGGGAUGACGGGAAGGCCUCGCCGUGUGCUACCGGAAGAGACUCGGAAGAAGAGGACCAACUUCUCCUGCUUCCCUCGGGUGACAGCAGGGUUCGCGGUGGCGCAGACGUUUGCCUUUGUCAUUGCUGCCGGUGUUACCGCUUGGGGUGGGGUUGUUGAGAGGCAUCUCGGGGCUCAGACGGCGACGACGGUGAUGGCGGGCGUGCUACUGAUUUUGACGUUGCUACUGAUUGCCAUUCUCACGCGCUUCAAGGUGGUUCAGAUUAUUCCAUCGGAGAGGUUCGGAACGAACAUCUUGUCCGGUCCGGAGGAUGAGUGGAAGCCCGUCAUCAUUGGUACCCCUAGCGGUACUACGCGCCGGAUGAGUGUGUUGGAGCUAGGCACUCUGAGCAGGUGGAGUGAGAUCCGGCGAAGGAAUAAGCUUUCGGGUCCUGUGCGAUGA